CUACCUGACACUUCAUUUCACCUCACAAAGGGUCUCAAAAGACGUCAAAAUGCCCACUGUGCUUAUACAGAAUAUGGCCUUUAAGGUUGGACAGACUCUGACUCUUACAGGAGUCCCCAAGCCUGAAUCCCCAGAGUUUACCAUUGACAUUGGUAACAGCUCUGAAGACAUCGCUCUCCACAUAAAUCCCCGAUUUGAUGCCCAUGGGGACCAGUGCAUUAUAGUGUGCAAUACAUUCCAGAAUGACUGCUGGUGUGAGGAGCACAGAGACGAAAACUUUCCAUUUGUUCAGGGCGAGGAGUUUCAGAUAAAAAUCACAUUCACCAAUGAAGAAUUUCUGGUGACUCUUCCUGAUGGUUCGGAAAUCAACUUCCCUAACCGUCAAGGCUCAGAGAAGUACAAGUAUAUGAAUUUUACAGGCCAAGCCAGGAUCCAAGGGAUUGAAAUUAAAUAGACUAAUAAAAAGUGGCUCACAGUUAUAAUCUGAUUAAUUCUAUAUUAUUCUGUGCAUUUCAUUGCUUUGCUGAUUUUUUAUUCACCAUUUUUUAGUCACUAUGGAGCAUCUCAAUCACAUUUGUAUGCCAAAUCAACGUUUUAAUUUUGCUGUGGCACUGCCUGUCUAAACCACUAGAGGGAGCGCAACUACAGCAAAUUGCUAUGAGCUUUAGCGGUACAUGCUAACCAUUGUCUAGACUCUAGACUAGAGUUUGACUGUUUUACAAAUAGUUUAUUUUUCCGACUAUUUUUCUGUAAUACGACAUCAUGGUCUUAAUUCUGUUUUGUAACUAAAGCAAAUUAAUAAACUACAGCUGUUGGCAGAUGAAAUUAAAUCCUGUUUUCACAAAUAAACUGAGUCUGUUUUUAAGUUUA